AUGUCAGAACGUCCAGCAAAACGUGUUCGCCAAGCAUGUGAACCGUGUAGGCGCAAGAAAACAAGAUGUCCAGGCGAGAAGCCAGUAUGCUCGCAUUGUGCGAGAUUGAGACAAAAUUGUUAUUAUGCUGAUGAUGGACCAAAUCAUGCAAACGGGAGAACCUCAAUUGAGAGAACCCCAAUGCCGACACCUAGUCGAGUACAGGAAACGGCGCACGUGAGAUCUUCUAGUGACGUUAAUUUGCCGCUGCCUGUAUUCUGUCGAAACAGAUUUGUUGAAACACUCAACGAACGUGACCCAGAGGUGAUUUUCUCGAUCCUAGCUUUGGCCAUACGAUUUUCAGACGAUGAGAUUUUCCGUGAUAACCAAUCUGAGCUUGUUGCAGGAUAUGUGGAGGCAGCUCGAUCGAUUAUCUCAGGCAGGAUAUUCGGAGGUCGAGUUUUAGAUGGAAAUACACGACAAGCAAGCGUACACAGUAGCCUAGCUAUGAGUUUAGCCCACAAUGCAGGUCUCACAACAGAGAGCCACGCCCCUUUAUCUGAGUUUCUUCGUGAAGAGCGUCGGCGAUGCUUUUGGAGUUUAUUCCUUCUCAAAAGACUACACGGUGCCGACUUUAGCGUCAUAGAUUUUACAGGCGAUGACAAUUUCCCGUGGUAUCCGGAAACAACUGGGAAACCGGUAAAUCCUGGACAGUUUACCAGUGGAGAAACCCCCGACCUAUCGUCACCAGAGUUUGCUACACCUGAUACUCAAGACAAAGGUGUCGUUGCAUACGCAAUUCAGCUCAGCGAAGUGUGGUUUAAGAUUACCCGUUACGCGAGGAGACGUGGAAACCCAACAAUCAUUGCAACAAUAUAUUUACAGGAAUGUUUUGCCGAAGACCCAAUUGUACGACAGGAGAAGCGUGACAACUUUGACAAGUGUCUAAGAUUCAUUCGGGAUUUCAAAGAGUGGCCUCAUGUUGCUCGAAUGGCUGAAAAGCUUCAACGACUUUGUGAUACAGUUUCAUCCACCUAUACAAAUACUGAUGCACCACCUCAAACCCCCAACCGCAGUCUUCUCAUCGACCUAGGUCAAUUCUGGGAGAUCUUGGAGUACUCGUCAUCGAGCGAAAUACCUACCUCGGCCCGUCGCCUUUUCGGACCAUCGUUAUAUUCAGCUUCACUACCUGCCACUCAUGAAAUAAGCCAUGCGUCAUCAUUACCAGAACCAACUAGAGUCGACAGGCAGGAUUUUGAGGGCUCCGGUCCCAGUUCGGUAAAUGCAAGUGUGGUGAAUUUGGGGGAAAAUGGGAUGCUGGGACAAGACCAAGAGUUUGUUCAAGCACCAUUUCAUUAUUCUGAUGAUGAAUUGGCAGUUUUGGCGGAAAGCUUUUUUCAUCAAAGGGGUGAUGGGUUGGGGAACGUGGAUGAUUGGUGGAGUGCUGGAAAUUUGGGGGGUUGA